AUGCUGCUUCGACAGAUCGCCGCCCAGGAACCUCAGGCUGAGAGUGGGUCCCUUGCGGGCCAGAGCAGCCAGAAGCAGCGUCCUCGAUUCCUCAUGAGUCGGAGUCAGAGUCGCCAGAUGGGAGACAACGCGAGGCUGGACUCGCGCAGGAGCAGCACGACCACUAGUAUCGUCAACCAGCUGCAAAUUCCGAGGAGCUCACAAGCUUGGCAGUUGCAGUCUCUUCCUCAAUCCUCUCACGCUGGUCACCUGGCUGAGCGUGCGAGUUCUCUUUCCUCUUCUCUCGAUCCUCUUCAUGUUCAUCGUUCUCCCAGUCGUGGGGCCCCGAGUCCUACCCCCCCCAGUUCUCACCUCUCCCCCAAACACCCUCCUCCUCCCGAGAUGAAUCUCCACAGCCUCAGGGACAAUCUGCAUUGCCUCACACGCCCGCCGCUGACGGAAGAGAAAGGGACACAGAACCUGCAAAAGGGAAAGGUAGAAAGGAAAAGCACUGGGACAGAUACAAGUAAGGACACAGAGCAUGACGAAAGCGAGGAGAGGAAGGCAACGGCGCCGGGAGAGAUGCUCGAGUGGUCCUCCGUCUACCGCCACCGAACGCCAAGUAUAAGAAUAAGCAGAGAGCAAGAACACGAGGAGGAAAUCACGCAGUUGCUUGGUCACGAGUUAAAUAAACCCGUAGUUGAACGAUCGAGCAGAUGGAAAGCGAUAAUGAAUAUGUUUUCCCAUGAAGAGGAGGCGUGGUCGAGGCGAGGCAGCCGACGAGGCAGCGAGACGGAGUCUAGACGUGGUAGCACUCUCUCUCAUUUCCUUUUCCAGGUGGGCCACGCCAGCCGAAGAGAGGUCAAAGCCGCCAAGAGCCUGAGCAUCAUCGUGCUGUUCUUCAUGUUCAGUUGGUUCCCACUCUACACCAUCAACUGUGUGCAGGCCUUCUGUAGCAGCUGCACUGUGCCGCCUUUCAUCAUGAAUGUCACCAUUAUCCUUAGCCACCUCAACUCCGCCAUCAACCCGCUUCUCUACGCCUACCACAUGAAGGACUUCCGAAUGGCCAUCAAGAUGUUCACCCUACACCGCAUCUUGCGUCGCCCGCUCCCCCAUGACUACAUCUUUAACCGCAGCCUCGUCUCUCCGCACCACUCCACGGUCUAUCGCGUCAGCGUGGGCGGGGCAGCACAGAGCACUAACCUACACACUCCCCACGCCCACAACACACCCAUGACGGGUUCGCCGUCCCCCCUAAUAGGAACUCCAAAAGGAGGGCAGCGUUCGAGGACCUCCACCGUAGAAAGCUGUGGUCCCUGGACCCCCUCUCGCGGUCUCUCGCCCUUUCCGUCUUCGCCUCGCAACCCUAGAGACUCGCCUUCGACAGCCGCCUCCGGAUCUUCGGACUUACUGCGGCCUCGCUCAGCCACCAUCACCACUCACACCGCACCUGCCUCAGCUCUAAAGUCUAGCAGUCCCACAAAGCCAGGCUCGCCUCCAGAAAUCCAAUCAGGACCAACAGUCGCACAGAUAAAAAACCGACUCAUGGCAGCAUCAGAACGACUGGUUUAUAAACCCUGCUCUCCCGACCCUGCUAAUGUGCAAUCUGGCAAUAUAUCACUGCUCGCCAAUUCACCAAAAAUUGGAGCUAACACCAAGGAAAAUUCAGAGCUCGAUUCUGAAGUGUUGCCUGUCAAUAGACCCGAUACGGAAGUUACAGUAGAGAAGCCCUGUAUACGUGAAGGGAAUCAUGGAAUCAGAACCCAACUGGAAAGCAAGUCGCAGUGUGAAGAGACUAAAAACGCGACGCCCUCAUGUGAGUCACCACAGAAAAAAGAUAGCGUCGAAGCGCAAACCAGUCAAAAACAACUGUCGGAUAUUAUAACUGCUCUAAAUACAGAUAACACAUUUCAGAAAGAUUCCGAAAAGGUCAUGGAAGUUUUGGAGGAAACAGAAUUUGGUCCCCUGGGACAUGGCACUCCCCCUUUGCCAAAUGGAAGCGCGUGCAGUGUCCAGGGGGAAACAGUUUGGACAAAUCAUCAAGCAGAUGACCCGAGCCAGAGACAAGAUGAGCUCAGGUCUCUGUUCGAUUCCUCGGCGCAGUGUGCCAGACCUCAAACCCGGGAGGACCUUGAUCCUCGUCCAGCGGGACAGAAACUGGGGGAGUCGCGCUUGUCGCGAGAAUUCUAUAAAUACAUCCCAAAAAUACUAAGGCGGACUCAGGGACAAUUAAAAAGUAAGUCGUCUAAGAACACCAAGUCUUGGUGGCCACAGUUGAUGAAGCAGCGAUCGUACCACGACCUACCCGGAGCCAAGUCCUCCGAGCAGGUGAGGCGAACUUGGAGCACCUGUAGUGCCACGGAAGGCUAGGCGGGGGAAUGCCAGUGCGGCGUCUGUGAUGCCAGUCCUCUCU